AUGCUGAAGCAAAGCAACGAGAGGAGACGGUCUUGGAGCUACAGGCGCUGGAGUGUUUCUGAGUGUGAAGGGGAGCCGCACACAGUGAGCGAGCAACACCGAAGGAGCAUCUGCUCCACAGGGGCCCGGUCUGGCUCUCAGGCCAGCUUCACACCAUGGAUCGAGGGCAAUUAUAACUACUACAUCGAGGAGGACGAGGAUGCAGGGGAGGAGGACGAGUGGAAGGAAGACGACCUCGCCGAGGAGGACAAGCAGCCGGAAGCGGUCACCACCACCCAGCCGGGGGGCGGCACUGACACUCCAGCCCAGUUGUCCACGCUAAACGUGAACGUGGGCGGCCACAGCUAUCAGCUGGACUACUGCGAGCUGUCCAGCUACCCCAAGACGCGCCUGGGCCGCCUGGCCACCUCCACCAGCCGCAGCCGCCAGCUGGGCCUGUGCGAUGACUACGAGGCCCAGACCGACGAGUACUUCUUCGAUCGCGACCCGGCCGUGUUCCAGCUCAUCUACAACUUCUACACCUCAGGGGUGCUGCUGGUGCGCGACGAGCUGUGCCCGCGCAGCUUCCUGGAGGAGCUGGGCUACUGGGGCGUGCGGCUCAAGUACACGCCGCGCUGCUGCCGCAUCUGCUUCGAGGAGCGGCGCGACGAGCUGAGCGAGCAGCUCAAGAUCCAGCGGGAGCUGCGCGCCCAGGCGCAGGCGGAGGAGGCGGAGGAGCUCUUCCGCGACAUGCGCUUCUACGGGCCGCAGCGCCGCCGCCUCUGGAACCUCAUGGAGAAGCCCUUCUCCUCGGUGGCCGCCAAGGCCAUGGGGGUGGCCUCCAACCUCUUCGUGCUCAUCUCCGUCGUGGCGCUGGCGCUCAACACCGUGGAGGAGAUGCAGCACCAGCCGGAGCAGGGGACGGGCGGCGACCCGCGGCCCAUUCUGGAGCACGUGGAGAUGCUGUGCGUGGCGUUCUUCACGCUCGAGUUCCUGCUGCGCCUCGUCUCCACGCCCGACCUGCGGCGCUUCGCACGCAGCGCCCUCAACCUGGUGGACCUGGUGGCCAUCCUGCCGCUCUACCUGCAGCUGCUGCUCGAGUGCUUCACUAGCGAGGAGCAGCGGCACGGCAAGGGCUCGCCGCGCGAGCACGACCUGGAGACGGUGGGCCGCGUGGGCAAGGUGGGCCAGGUGCUGCGCAUCAUGCGCCUCAUGCGCAUCUUCCGCAUCCUCAAGCUGGCGCGCCACUCCACCGGGCUCCGCGCCUUCGGCUUCACGCUGCGCCAGUGCUACCAGCAGGUGGGCUGCCUGAUGCUCUUCAUCACCAUGGGCAUCUUUGCCUUCUCGGCCGCCGUCUACUCUGUGGAGCAUGACGUGCCCGGAACCAACUUCACCAGCAUCCUCCACGCCUGGUGGUGGGCGGCCGUGAGCAUCUCCACGGUGGGCUAUGGAGACAUGUACCCAGAAACACACUUAGGCAGGAUUUUUGCCUUCCUCUGCAUUGCUUUCGGGAUCAUUCUCAACGGGAUGCCAAUUUCCAUCCUCUACAACAAGUUCUCUGAUUACUACAGCAAGCUCAAAGCUUAUGAGUACACAGCCAUACGCAGAGAGAGGGGAAAGGUGAACUUCAUGCAGAGAGCUGGAAAGAAGAUGGUUGAGUGCUUGGCUGGAAGCAAUAUACAGCCCAUCCAAAGGCAGGAGAACUAA